AUGAAAAUUGAUUCAAAAAUAUAUCAGGAAGCACACCGAUUGGCCAUCAUGCCCCGCAUGAAAAUGCUGUUUUACGGUAUUGUAUGCGGGGCUGCUGUGCCUACCAUGUACCUAAGAUCCUACUACCUCCCCCACAUCAAGCAGCAAGAGGCUAAUGAAAUCAGUACCUUGGGCUCCAAAGUCAAGUUACUGGAACAACACACUUCGAAUAUCGAACAUCCUGCCGUGAGAAACACCAAUAGUGCUUCAGAAGCUGCCGAAAAUCUUUUGAGAUCCAGCGAAAAUCUGGGGGCUUUGGCAGGAGUAGGGGACAUUCCUAUUGCUGCCUGGCACAUUAACGGCCGCAACAAAUACGCCAAUGACAAAAAGUACCGAAAGUUGGUGGAAGAGGCGAAUGCUAUAAUGCUCUCGUCAAUUAUGUAG